AUGCGGGGCGGGAGGGGGACUGCAUGUCCCACGGUGAGCGCAGGGCUCGCGGGGCUGGAAACGAAGACGCUGCCCGGGAGUCCUGAGGGGCGCGGUCCUGGAGCUCCAGGAGGGCGCCUGCGGACCGCGCAGCCCGGGGCCGGCCGCCUGGCCAUCUGGCGCACCCCAGCGCCCCGCGCACACCUGGGAGCCCGCACACCGGCACGCCCUUGGACAACCCCGCACCCACAGCCGCGGGAGGGGGCCAAAGCCGCCGCCGCCGCCGCCGCUCGGGUUCCCAGGGCCCCGCCCGCCCUGCCCGGGCCCUGGCCUCAACGGGCGCCCCCCGCGGCGCUGCCCCGCCCCCGCCGCCCAGCGCCGCCCGGGGCCUCGGCUGGCAGCCCGGCCGCCGGCCCACCUGGCGCAGCGCCGCCCUCGGAGCCCGCGCACCCGCGGCCUCAGGAGAGCCCAGAGACCCCGCCGCGCCAGCUCACAGGACGGACUCCAGACCCUCCGCGCGGCGAUGGCCCCGCUCGAUACUUCUUACUCCUCUGCAGCCUGAAGCAGGUUCUGGGCAGCUACCCGAUCUGGUGGUCACUGGCAGUCUGGCCGCAGUACUCCUCCCUGGGCUUGCAGCCCAUCCGGUGUGCCAGCAUCCCGGGUCUGGUCCCCAAGCAGCUGCACUUCUGCAGGAACUACGUGAUCAUGCCCAGCGUGGCCAAGGGCAUCAAGAUUGGCAUCCAGGAGUGCCAGCAUCAGUUCCAAGGUCGUUGGUGGAACUGCACCACCAUCCACGACAGCCUGGCCAUAUUUGGGCCCGUGCUGGACAAAGCACUUCAAGUCCUCCGUGUACAGACAGUACAGCGACUUCAUAGACUUCCAGGAGAUGCUUCUGCACAAGUUCCCCUACUGGAUGGUGCCUGCCCUGCCACCCAAGAGGAUGCUGGGAGUGUUUCAGAACCACAUUACAUUCAGAAACAUGGAAGGGCCCAUAUAUGAAGUCCCACUCUGUCGCCAGGCUGGAGUGCAGUGGCACGAUCCCAGCUCACCGCAACCUCCGACUCCCUGGUUCAAGUGAUUCUCCUGCCUCAGCCUCCCGAGUAGCGUGAUUACAGGCACAUGCCACCACACCCAGAUACUUUUUUGGUAUUUUUAAUAGAGAUGGGGUUUCACCAUGUUGGACAGGUUGGUCUCGAACUCCUGACCUCAGGUGAUCUACCCACCUCAGCCUCCCAAAGUGCCGAGAUUAGCCACCUUGAGCCACCUUGCCUGACCAGUAAUUUCUCUUCUUAAUGCAUAAUACUCUAUUCAAUCCAUCAACUGUCUCCAAGCCUACACUAACUCUGUAGAGCUGUGAUUAGUUGUGGAUGCAUUUGUCUGUGCCUUUUAUCUGUGAUCUUAGAGCUUUUCACCUCUGACUUCUCUUUCAUUAGAUUAGAAAUCUCAUCACAGCAGGUUCUAUUUAACUGGCCCCUCACCCUAUGACACUAAGUAUUAUGAUGUCUCAAGUAUGAGAAAAUAAAUUGUUAAAUAUGAGAUCAAACAGUGUAAGUCAACAUUUUUCAAAAGGCUGGCAAAGAAAUGGUGAUUAUAUAAAUGUUGAUUUAUGUGUCAGAAACAUCUGAGUUCAAUUCAGUCACUGACAGUGAUUCCCUCUGAAGCUCAGGAGAAUGUAUCACACUUUUUCUUCCUGUAAAGUAUAAAUAAUCUAGUCUCAGGGUAGAGAAGAGAAAGGAGAGGAGAGAAAUAGAGAAACAGGGUUGGGGAUGGCAGCCAUGUUCUCCUGUGACCCAGUCUUUCCCAAGUGAUGGGGACCAUGGACCUAUCCUGAGGUGGCUGUCCCACCACUAAGGGUCUGUCUCUUAUUGGUGUGGCUCUUGUGAGUAGAAGAACUUGCUACCAGAAGUCUUAUGCAGCAGCUGUAGCCCCUUUUCUUCUUUUAGUAUAGAGUUGUAGAAAAUUUUAUUGUUGGCCAAGUGUGGUGGCUCAAGCCUGUAAUCCCAAUGCUUUGGGAGGCGUUGGUGGGAGGAUUGCUUGAGGCCAGGAGUUCAAGACCAACCUGGGCAACAUGGUUUUGGGGUACAUGUGAGGAACAUGCAAGAUUGUUACAUAGGUAUAUACAUGGCAAUGUGAUUUGCCGCCUUCCUCUCCAUCACCUAUAUCUGGCAUUUCUCCCCAUGCUAUCUCUCCCCAACUGCUCACCUCCCACUGUCCCUCCCCUAUUUCCCCCGACAGACGCCAGUGUGUGAUACUCCCCUCCCUGUGUCCAUGUGUUCUCAUUGUGCAACACCCACCUAUGAGUGAGAACAUGUGGUGUUUGAUUUUCUGUUCUUGUGUCAGUUUGCUGAGAAUGAUGCUUUCCAGGUUCAUCCAUGUCCCUACAAAGGACACAAACUCAUUGUUUUUUAUGGCUGCAUAGUAUUCCAUGGUGUAUAUGUGCCACAUUUUUCCUGUCCAGUCUAUCAUCGAUGGGCAUUUGGGUUGGUUCCAAGUCUUUGCUAUUGUAAACAGUGCUGCAAUGAACAUUCGUGUGCAUGUGUCCUUAUAGUAGCACGGUUUAUAAUCCUUUGGAUAUAUACCCAGUAAUGGGAUUCCUGGGUCAAAUGGAAUUUCUAUUUCUAGGUCCUUGAGGAGUCACCACAUUGUCUUCCACAAUGGUUGAACUAAUUUACACUCCCACCAGCAGUGUAAAAGUGUUCCUAUUUCUCCACAUCCUCUCCAGCAUCUGCUGUCUCCAGAUUUUUUAAUGAUCGCCAUUCUAACUGGUGUGAGAUGGUAUCUCAAUGUAGUUUUGAUUUGCAUUUCUCUAAUGACCAGUGAUGAUGAGCAUUUUUUCAUAUGUUUGUUGGCCUCAUGUAUGUCUUCUUUUGUAAAGUGUCUGUUCAUAUCCUUUGCCCAUUUUUGAAUGGGCUUGUUUGUUUUUUUCUUGUAAAUCUGUUUUAGUUCUUUGUAAAUUCUGGAUAUCAGCCCUUUGUCAGAUGUGUAAACUGCAAAAAUUUUUUCCCAUACUGUUGGUUGCCGAUUCACCCUAAUGAUUGUUUCUUUUGCCGUGCAGAAGCUGUGGAGUUUGAUUAUGUCCCAUUUGUCUAUUUUGGCUUUUGUUGCCAAUGCUUUUGGUGUUUUGUUCAUGAAGUCCUUGCCUAUGCCUAUGUCCUGAAUGGUUUUGCCUAGAGAGAUCUUCUCUGUUUGCAUUAAUACUGCUGGAGAAUUUUCUUUAAUAGAAACCUUCUAUAGUAGUUGGGAAUGGAUAACUGGCAAGUGUGGCUUGGAUACAGCAGGUCAGAUUUGAUUAUUUGGAAGCUGUUUUUAACUUAAUGGACAUUAGCAUUUAAGAUUCCACUUGCUUGGCCCUAUAACAGUGGCUAGGAAAAUGAGUGGUGAACAGGCAGGCCCAUGCUCCAAGGGUCCAGAAGGCCAGACAUGUCAGGCCAUUUGAGCUCUUGGAAUCCUAGGCAGGCUCUCAGUCCUAAUUAUCACUCUGAAAUAGGUGCUUUUCAAUCAUUAAGAAUACAGAAUUAUAGCUUGCAAGUACAACACCUAGCCACCCUUCUAAAGUGCUCCCUGAUAUAAAAGAAGCCCUGGCUUUACCCUGCCGGCAGGCAGGUGAUUAGACUAUGUGAGAUCCACUGCUCUGUCUGCUCCUUGAAGAACUCCAGGAUGAGAUGAACUCCAGGCCAUGUGCCCAUGGCCUAAUCCUACUUUGUGCUUCCUCUUUUAUCAACUACUUCCUCAGGAGCCAACUCAAAUCUUCUUUGCCUUAAUUUGGACCUAUUUCUGGAUUAGUUAUAUGGUAGCGUAAUAACUUCUUUAUCAUUAUUAAGUAGCUGCUCCUUGAAAAAAUUUUAUGAGCUUUGAGCCUCUCAGAAGAAAGAGAUUUUAAAUCCAAUAAAUAAAUACACAAAUAAACAAACUGGGAACACCUUAGACUUGGAAUCAAGUAGAAUGGGGAUGAUAGUAAAGGUAGCCUGAGAAUCCAAACCCAAACUGAGACCUAGCAAUGAGUUACAGGAGCCGAUUCUGGUUUAUAUCAUUCUUUAUGAUGAAAGAGCAGGGCCCGGGCUGACACAGCAGGGAAAGAUGCUGACUCUGGAUUCACAUGGAGUAGAAGCCAAUGCUGACUCUUUAAAGGGAACAUCAAGAGCCCAAAGAUGAGAGUUAGUGACUCCGAGUAUUUAGGGAUGGGGCUCUAACAAAGAGGCACGGCAGGAACAGGUAGGCUCUAGGACCCUGAGUGGGUGAUGCAUUUCUGGGACAAAGGAUAGAAGGGAAUAAAGCCCGCUGAGCCCUUCAAAAAGGGUAAGUCAGGCACCACUGGAUGGUGGAUGUCUUUGUCUUAGGGGAGCCAUCCAGUCCAUUUGUGAAUCUCUGGGUCUGUCUUGUCACAUAGCAGCUGCCUCCAGGUUUUAACCUGUGCUCAUCUUUCGGAAUGCCGUGUGUAUGUUACCGUUUUUAUGUUUAGACCCCUUUGGUGGGAAGUAUCUUCUGGAUCCUGUUUAUGCACACACUGGUGUAUACAUUUCUCCCUCUGUUCCUUUGUACUGUUUCUCAAAGCCCACCUCCUUGCUUACUUAUAAUUGCCCAUAAUAAUGGUCAUAGCUAUGGUAUUCAGAGUGAUUCACAUCCUUGCAUAAUGGGCUGUUACCCAGGCUUAUUAUAAGUCCUGAGGUGUAAUUCUAAGUUCACAAGCACAAGAAAGAUAGUCAUUGUUUGAUUUCUGGGAUCAUCUUUCAGAAAUCACCUGAAAAAUUCAUUGAUUUCUUCCCAAAAAAUCAUGAACUGUGUCUUCUGUCUCCUUGUAGAAGUUCUCAUUGUGAUUAUCCUCAUUUGUCAUGAGAAAAUAUCAGCAUGAAAAUGAGUAACAGCUUUCUUUAUAAUUUGGGUGUUUCAUUUACCUCUACACAUGGUUGUUUUAAGAGAGUUUAAAUGUAUCUGAAUGGAAUUCAGAUCAAUUCAAGAAUUCUAAGAAUUUCUGAUGGGUUUUAAACCUUACCAGUUGAAUAGAGCUAUCCUGGAUGGCUGAAUCUAUGCCUGUCCUGGUGUCCUUCAGUGGGAACUGUUAGUCCCCAUUUGUGUCUGGCACAGGUUGCUCACCAAAGGGCAGAGGCAGGAUGGCUCAGGACCAGAGCUCCACCACUUGUGGCAGAGUCACUCAGAGCUGCUGGCCUAGGUAUACAAGGCCAGUCACGUUGCCUGUGUCCUACACAUGAGAAGACAAUAGUGUUAAGGGAAAAGAUGUGUCCCUGCCAUCUCCAAGACAAAGUGGGUGAGUGCGGUACAUUGGCCUCAGGCAGGCACAUCUGCUCUACCACCAGUGUGCUGCAGCCAUACUUGACUUUCCAGUUCCCAUGGAACUCCCACACACAAAUGGUGUCAUCUACCCAUGUAUAAAGCGCUCUUGCAAUAUGGCAUAUUUGGUCAAAUUAAGUAUAUGCACAUCCUAUAAUGAGAUUUCUGUAGUCACUUGGGACCCUCCCCUUUCCUAUACCAACCAGGACAGAUGUUGCAAACAACAGAAACCUGCUGAAGUUAGAAGGAGAGGAUGUUUGUUUGCAGGGCCACUUCCCACAGUUUUACAGACUGUAUCCUUAACUAGGCUCCACCCACCGGAGUGAGUAGGAGCUGAAACCCAACCCACGCUCCACAUUCCUGAACCUUCAGCUUUACUAUUGGGGCUGCAUCUUCCAGGAGGAAAAGGUGCCUUUUCUGAGGCACAUAAAGACACCAUAUAGGCGAGAGACUGACUAAAGAUUCCCACAUGGGCCUAAAGUAAAUCACACGUGCAGCUGCUAUGGCAGCAUUGUCUUGGUGGUGGGAAGUUGGAGACACUUGGGGGUGCCUCCAACUUUCCCCAGUACUGGGGAAGCAGAGAGGACCAAUGUGUGGAUGCACACUAUGCAGCAGUCAGAAUCAUGGACUGGAUGUGUACAUAGCAACAUGUAUACUCUGUUGCUCAGGUUGGAGUGCAGUGACAUGAUCUCAGCUCACUGCAGCCUCAACCUCCUGGUCCUCCCACCUCUGCCUCCUGAGUAGUUGGGACUACAGGUGGGCACCAUCACGCCUGGCUAACUUUUGUAUUUUUUGUAGAGACAAAGUUUCACCAUGUUGCCCAGGCUGGUCUUGAACUCCUGAGCUUAAGUGAUCCUUCUGUUUUGGCCCCCCCAAAGUGCUGGGAUUACAGGCAUGAACCACCAUGCCCAGUCUAACAUGUAUAGGUCUUAAAAACAAAGUAAGGGCCGGGCACGGUGGC